GUUCAAAAGUAUGAUUUAAUAUUUUUUAAAAUUUAUGUGAAGUAAAUAAAUUAAAAUAAAGGUUUGAUAGAUAUAAAUAUGGAUAGGGAUAAGUAGUAAUUAGUAGGAUCAGGAAAUGUGAUCCGCUUUAUUUGGGGCUUAUUGUUAUUUUGACUUUGAUUUGAUUUGCUCAACUCUUGUUUAGGUUCUUUCUGAUAUCAUAUUUGAUACUAAAUGCAUACAUACUGCUGCUGAAAUCAAUCUAUAGUACUAUUAUUAUCAAUGGCUGAGGUUUAUACUAGAGCUCCAGUUAGACUUGAGGGCAAGUAUGGCGCAAUGCUUGUCUGUUGGGUUUUGGGCAAUGGCUGUCUCUUCUCUUGGAACAGUAUGUUAACUAUUCAGGACUACUAUGUCGCCCUCUUUCCCAAUUAUCAUUCCUCGCGGGUUCUUACGCUCAUUUAUCAACCAUUUGCAUUGGGAACACUUGCAAUGUUGGCUUACAAUGAAGCAAAAAUUAACACAAGGAAAAGGAAUCUUUUUGGAUAUAGUCUUUUUUUCAUAGCUACAUUUAUAGUUCUUCUUUUGGAUUUAGCUACAUCUGCUAAGGGAGGGUUAGGAAGUUUUAUUGGGAUAUGUGUUAUUAGUGGUGCCUUUGGAGUUGCAGAUGCUCAUGUACAAGGUGGAAUGAUUGGAGACCUUUCAUUCAUGUUACCUGAAUUUUUGCAGUCUUUUCUUGCUGGAUUGGCUGCAUCUGGUGCUCUAACAUCUUCGUUAAGACUAAUUACCAAAGCAGCAUUUGAAAAUUCACAAGACGGUCUUCGAAAGGGUGCAAUUUUGUUCUUCGCGAUAUCCACACUCUUUGAGUUGCUUUGUGUCCUCCUAUAUGCAUUUGUCUUCCCAAAGCUACCAAUAGUGAAGUACUAUCGUGCAAAAGCAGCUUCAGAGGGAUCAAAGACUGUUGCUAGUGACCUUGCUGCAGCCGGAGUUUACAAACAAGGACCAGAUACAAAGAAUGAACAUGAUCCACAACAAGUUGAGCGACUUAACAACAAAGAAUUGUUAUUGCAGAACAUAGACUAUGCAAUAGAUUUGUUUCUGAUAUAUGCUCUAACAUUAUCGAUUUUCCCUGGAUUCUUGUCUGAGGAUACUGGAUCUCACAGCUUAGGAUCAUGGUAUGCACUUGUCCUUAUCGCAAUGUACAAUGUAUGGGAUCUCAUAGGGAGAUAUAUCCCACUAAUCAAAUGCUUAAAGCUGGAAUCGCGGAAAGGGCUGAUGGUAGUGAUUCUUUUGCGUUCUCUAUUUGUACCUGCUUUCUACUUCACAGCCAAAUAUGGUGAUCAAGGAUGGAUGAUUAUGUUAACAUCCUUGUUGGGACUGAGUAAUGGGCACCUCACAGUGUGUGUCCUCACUUGUGCACCAAAAGGGACCAGAGCAAAAUGCAUUAGGAAAUCUUCUAGUUUUGUUUCUUUUAGGAGGUAUAUUUGCUGGUGUAACUCUAGAUUGGUUGUGGCUUAUAGGCAAAGGUUGGUAAAGCAUCCAAAAUUUGGAAUCUUUAUCUAAUUUCAUUCAAUAUAUAUAUAUGUCCCCUCAGCUUUAGCAUUUACAAUUUUAUAUGAUGUUCUUUUUUGACAUUAAAUUACCAACUUUUUUGAAGCUAUAGUUUACUUGAUCAUCAA